AUGGUCGGCGCAGCCAAGUUCUUGACGGCCGGCUUGGCUCUCGCGGCACCUGUCGCGAGGGCAGCAGGGUUCUACCCGCAAGGCACGUGGGCUCAGAGAUGUGAACGGCGUCAAGUCGGCUGCGAGGACUGCAGGAGGAACAUCAUAGAUGCUCAAAAGAUCUUUACGCCGGGCGCGGGCAAAUACUUUAUAAAGGACUCGUGCGAGGCUCUGGUCGCCUGCACCUGCGCGUGGAAUGGUUACAAGGGUGGAAAAUGCAGGACCGACAGCACCGCCGUUGAAAUAUGCAAGGAUCUUGCUAAAAUGCGCCCCUUUUGCGCUGCGCAGGGCAUCACCGUCGGGGAGGCAAAAUUCUGCACGUGA